AUGGUCACAGAACUAUCGAACGUACUUUUAUUCUGUAAAAUUGGUAAAACUACACUCACACUAAAAGCAAUCCUCAAGGAGUUAUCCAUACAUUUAAUUCCAGAUGUGGACGUGAGAUUGGUGGACGGAAGUAAAUGCUCUGGAAGAGUGGAAAUCCUCCACAAUGGUAUCUGGGGAACGGUUUGUGACGAUGCUUGGGAUAUCAAAGAUGCGAAUGUCGUUUGCCGACAAGUUGGAUGCCCGUCGGCCAACACUGCACAAGUGGGUGGCAGUUUUGUGGCAGGCAGUGGGAAGAUCUGGAUGGACCAGGUUGCCUGCAAAGGUUCCGAAAUGUUCUUGUCGGCCUGUUCCUUCUCAGGAUGGGAGGUUCACAAUUGCAAUCACGCCGAAGAUGUUGGCGUUACCUGUGGUGGAGGUGUGGACGUGAGAUUGGUGGACGGAAGUAAAUGCUCUGGAAGAGUGGAAAUCCUCCACAAUGGUAUCUGGGGAACGGUUUGUGACGAUGCUUGGGAUAUCAAAGAUGCGAAUGUCGUUUGCCGACAAGUUGGAUGCCCGUCGGCCAACACUGCACAAGUGGGUGGCAGUUUUGUGGCAGGCAGUGGGAAGAUCUGGAUGGACCAGGUUGCCUGCAAAGGUUCCGAAAUGUUCUUGUCGGCCUGUUCCUUCUCAGGAUGGGAGGUUCACAAUUGCAAUCACGCCGAAGAUGUUGGCGUUACCUGUGAUGGAGGUGUGGACGUGAGAUUGGUGGACGGAAGUAAAUGCUCUGGAAGAGUGGAAAUCCUCCACAAUGGUAUCUGGGGAACGGUUUGUGACGAUGCUUGGGAUAUCAAAGAUGCGAAUGUCGUUUGCCGACAAGUUGGAUGCCCGUCGGCCAACACUGCACAAGUGGGUGGCAGUUUUGUGGCAGGCAGUGGGAAGAUCUGGAUGGACCAGGUUGCCUGCAAAGGUUCCGAAAUGUUCUUGUCGGCCUGUUCCUUCUCAGGAUGGGAGGUUCACGAUUGCAAGCACGCCGAAGAUGUUGGCGUUACCUGUGAUGGAGAUGUGGACGUGAGAUUGGUGGACGGAAGUAAAUGCUCUGGAAGAGUGGAAAUCCUCCACAAUGAUAUUUGGGGAACGGUUUGUGACGAUGAUUGGGAUAUCAACGAUGCGAAUGUCGUUUGCCGACAAGUUGGAUGCCCGUCGGCCAACACUGCACAAGUGGGUAGAAGUUCUGUGGCAGGCAGUGGGAAGAUCUGGAUGGACCAGGUUGCCUGCAAAGGUUCCGAAAUGUUCUUGGCGGCCUGUUCCUUCUCAGGAUGGGAGGUUCACAAUUGCAAUCAUGCCGAAGAUGUUGGCGUUACCUGUGAUGGAGGUGUGGACGUGAGAUUGGUGGACGGAAGUAAAUGCUCUGGAAGAGUGGAAAUCCUCCACAAUGGUAUCUGGGGAACGGUUUGUGACGAUGCUUGGGAUAUCAAAGAUGCGAAUGUCGUUUGCCGACAAGUUGGAUGCCCGUCGGCCAACACUGCACAAGUGGGUGGCAGUUUUGUGGCAGGCAGUGGGAAGAUCUGGAUGGACCAGGUUGCCUGCAAAGGUUCCGAAAUGUUCUUGUCGGCCUGUUCCUUCUCAGGAUGGGAGGUUCACGAUUGCAAGCACGCCGAAGAUGUUGGCGUUACCUGUGAUGGAGAACUUCCGCCGCCACCGACUAUCUCCAAGACUCCUGACUAUCCCGUGUACGUGCCUGGGGAAUCCAUCACCAUCACGUGCGCUAGUUCACGGCGGGACACGGCGGGAAGGUUUCAGUUGAGAAAAGACUCAAACCUUCUCACCAGCAGCGCGGGAAGUGACACGACCUUCAACCACCGGGUCACAAACUUAAGGGCAGACGUGGCCAACACCUACACCUGUGUCAUAUCGGUGCAAGUCUCCGCUCGGUGGCUCCCUUCCGCUCCGAGCCGUGCGAUCCACAUUCGUGUCAUUGAACGCCCGCGUCCACCGACUCUCUCCAAGAUUCCUGAUUAUCCUGUGUAUGUACCUGGAGAAUCCAUCAUCCUCACGUGCGCUAGUCCACGGCGAGAAACGGCGGGGAGGUUUCAAUUAAGGAAAGAUUCCGACCUUCUCACCAGCAGCACGGGAAGCGACACGACCUUCACCCACCGUGUCACAGGGUUAAGGGCAGUCGUUGACAGCACCUACACCUGCGUCAUGUUGGUGCACGUCUCUGCUCGGUGGCUCCCGUCCCCUCCAAGCCCAGCGGUCCACAUACGUGUCACAGAACUUCCGCCGCCACCGACUAUCUCCAAGACUCCUGACUAUCCCGUGUACGUGCCUGGAGAAUCCAUCACCAUCACGUGCGCUAGUUCACGGCGGGACACGGCGGGGAGGUUUCAUUUGAGGAAAGACUCCAACCUUCUCACCAGCAACACGGGAAGUCACACGACCUUCAACCACCGGAUCACAGACUUAAGGGCAGACGUGGCCAACACCUACACCUGUGUCAUAUCGGUGCAAGUCUCCGCUCGGUGGCUCCCUUCCGCUCCGAGCCGUGCGAUCCACAUUCGUGUCAUUGAACGCCCGCAUCCACCGACUCUCUCCAAGAUUCCUGAUUAUCCUGUGUAUGUGGCUGGAGAAUCCAUCAUCUUCACGUGCGCGAGUCCACGGCGAGAAACGGCGGGGAGGUUUCAAUUAAGGAAAGAUUCCGACCUUCUCACCAGCAGCACGGGAAGCCACACGACCUUCACCCACCGUGUCACUGAGUUAAGGGCAGUCAUGGACAGCACCUACACCUGCGUCAUGUUGGUGCACGUCUCCGCUCGGUGGCUCCCGUCCCCUCCAAGCCCAGCGGUCCACAUACGUGUCACAGAACUUCCGCCGCCACCGACUAUCAUUAAGACUCCUGACUAUCCCGUGUACGUGCCUGGAGAAUCCAUCACCAUCACGUGUGCUAGUUCACGGCGGAACACGGCAGGGAGGUUUCAUUUGAGGAAAGACUCCAACCUUCUCACCAGCAGCACGGGAAGUCGCACAACCUUCAACCAUCGGAUCACAGAUUUAAGGGCAGACGUGGCCAACACCUACACCUGUGCCAUAUCGGUGCAAGUCUCCGCUCGGUGGCUCCCUUCCGCUCUGAGCCGUGCGAUCCACAUUCGUGUCAUUGAACGCCCGCGUCCACCGACUCUCUCCAAGAUUCCUGAAUAUCCUGUGUAUGUACCUGGAGAAUCCAUCAUCUUCACGUGCGCGAGUCCACGGCGAGAAACGGCGGGGAGGUUUCAAUUAAGGAAAGAUUCCGACCUUCUCACCAGCAGCACGGGAAGCGACACGACCUUCACCCACCGUGUCACAGAGUUAAGGGCAGUCAUUGACAGCACCUACACCUGCGUCAUGUUGGUGCACGUCUCCGCUCGGUGGCUCCCGUCCCCUGCAAGCCCAGCGGUCCACAUACGUGUCACAGAACUUCCGCCGCCACCGACUAUCUCCAAGACUCCUGACUAUUCCGUGUACGUGCCUGGAGAAUCCAUCACCAUCACGUGCGCUAGUUCACGGCGGGACACGGCGGGGAGGUUUCAUUUGAGGAAAGACUCCAACCUUCUCACCAGCAGCACGGGAAGUCACACGACAUUCAACCACCGGAUCACAAACUUAAGGGCAGACGUGGCCAACUCCUACACCUGUGCAAUAUCGGUGCAAGUCUCCGCUCGGUGGCUCCCUUCCGCUCCGAGCCGUGCGAUCCACAUUCGUGUCAUUGAACGCCCGCGUCCACCGACUCUCUCCAAGAUUCCUGAAUAUCCUGUGUAUGUGGCUGGAGAAUCCAUCAUCUUCACGUGCGCGAGUCCACGGGGAGAAACGGCGGGGAGGUUUCAAUUAAGGAAAGAUUCCGACCUUCUCACCAGCAGCACGGGAAGCCACACGACCUUCACCCACCGUGUCACAGAGUUAAGGGCAGUCAUUGACAGCACCUACACCUGCGUCAUGUUGGUGCACGUCUCCGCUCGGUGGCUCCCGUCCCCUCCAAGCCCAGCGGUCCAUAUACGUGUCACAGAACGUCCGCCGCCGCCGAAUAUCUCAAAGAUUCCUGACUAUCCCGUGUACCUGCCUGGGGAAUCCGUCACUAUCACGUGCGCUAGUUCACGGCGGGACACGGCGGGGAGGUUUCAGUUGAGAAAAGACUCCAACCUUCUCACAAGCAGCACGGGAAAUCACACAAACUUCAACCACCGUGUCACAGAGUUAAGGGCAGACAUGGACAGCACCUACACUUGCGUCAUGUUGGUGCACGUAUCCGCUCGGUGGCUCCCGUCCCCUCCAAGCCCAGCGGUCCAUAUACGUGUCACAGAACUUCCGCAGCCACCGACCAUCUCCAAGGCUCCUGACUAUCCCGUGUACGUGCCUGGGGAAUCCGUCAACAUCACGUGCGCCAGUUCACAGCGGGACACGGCGGGGAGGUUUCAGCUGAAGAAAGACUCCAACCUUCUCACCAGCAGCACGGGAAGUCACACGAACUUCACCCACCGCAUCACAGACUUAAGGGCAGACGUGGAUAACGACUACAUCUGUGUCAUGUUGGUGCACGCCUACGCUCGGUGGCUCUCGUCACCUCCGAGCCCUGUGAUCCACAUUCGUGUCACAGGUCAGUCUCACACGCCACCGUCAUGGGAUGUAUUCAGGGGGGAUUAUGGUGCUUAGUGUGAUGGUUCUGUGAAAUAAACCUGGUUUAUAGUUUUGACCAGUCUAAUUUAGUUUACUUUAGUUUAAUUUACUUCAGUUUAAUUUGGUUUAGUUUAUCUCACAUUAGUUUCUUCGGCUCAGAGUAGUUUAAUUUAAAGCAGUUUAGUUUAUUUCAGUUUAAUUUAGUUCAGUUCAGCUAACUUUAUGAUACGACGCUAUACGGUACAAUAUAAAUGUAUUCAUCCCAGAAGGAAAGUUGGUCUGCCAACAGUCAUAAAACACAACAAGAUACACGAAACACAAAAUGAUGAGUGGUAAGUCCAGUAUUGGGAUGUGCAAAGAUUGGGGGCGGAUGGCGAAGAGGAGUCAGUGCAGAAAGCACUGAGAAGUGACAAUAGACAAUAGGUGCAGGAAUAGGCCAUUCAGCUUUUCGAGCUAGCACCGCCAUUCAAUGUGAUCAUGGCUGAUCAUCCCUAAUCAGUACCCCGUUCCUGCCUUCUCCCCAUAUCCCCUGGCAUCGCUAUAAUUAACUGAAUAAGCAUGACUACCACAGUGGUUUCCGACUUAUCCACGUGAGCAUCGGAAAGAUGGAGCAGGUGCAGAUGGUCCAUCACGUCUUCUCCGCCAUUCGAUCAUGGUUGAUCCUUCUCUACCUCCAAACCCCGACGACCUGACCCCUCAUAACCCUUGACAUCUGUAUUAAUCAAGAAUUUAUAUAUUUCUGCCUUAAAAAUAUCUAUUGUAAUCCAUUGGUUUGGCCUCCACAUCUUUCCUUGGCAAAUAAUUCCACAGAUUCACCACCCGCUGAUGAAAAUAAUCCAUCCUUAUCUCUUUCCGAAAAGAAAAUUAUUUAAUACUGAGGUUAUGAAUUCUAGUCCUGGACUCUCCCACUAGUGAAAACAUCCUCCGUAUCCACUUUAUCCAAGCCUUUCACCAUUCCAUACGUUUCAAUGUGGUGCCCUUUCAUUCUUCUAAACUGCAGCGAGUACACGUCCAGUGCCGUCAAACAUUCAUCUUAUGUUAACCCACUCUUUCCUGGGAUCGUUCUUGUAAACCUGCUUUGGACCCUCUCAAGAGCCAGCACAUCGUUCCUCAGAUAUUGUGCCCAAAAUAGCUCACAAUAUUCCAAAUGCAGCCUGAUCCGUGCUUUAGAGCGUUGGCAUCAUAUCCAUGUGUUUUGUAUUCGAAAGCUCUAGAAAUAAAUCAGGCAAUGGAGUAAAUUAGGCAGGCGGCAUCUCUGGAGAAAAGGAAUUGGUAACUUUUAGCGUUGAGAACAUGACACUAGUCUGGUCUACUUUAGUUUUGAUUAGUUUAGUUUAGUUUACUUCAGUUUACUUUUUGGUUUAGUUUAGCUCACUUUUGCUCACGGCACGGUGGCGCAGCGGCAGAGUUGCUGCCUUACAGCGCUUGCAGUGCCAGAGACCCGGGUUCGAUCCCGACUAUGGAUGUUUGUCCGUAGAGUGUUUGUACGUUCUCCCCGUGACCGCGUGGGUUUUAUCAGAGAUCUUCCGUUUCCUCCCACUCUCCAAAGACAUA